CGCAGAGGGUAGGCAAUGGUUGCAAAGCCCGCGGCGCUCAUCCGCAGCAGCCCGGCCCGUAAUCGUUAGCGUGCACUCGUCCCAUUGCCCGCUCAGCUCCCAGCCAGCCUGCGCCUGCGCAGGGCUUCCCUAGUGCCCCCGAGGACGCGCCUGCGCACCUCGGACUAACAUGGCGGCGGCGGCGGCCUGGCGGGGCUACGGAGCGGUUGCUGCGGCCGCUGGGCUGCGCAGGGGACUCUGUCUUGUGAUGAAGAAUCCAUACACCAUUAAGAAAUAUCCUCUGCAUCAAUUUGUACAGAGACCACUUUUCCUACUACCUGCAGCCCUAUGUAACACAGUGAGAUACAUGUUUAUUCAAACACAAGAUACUCCAAAUCCCAACAGUUUAAAGUUUAUACCAGGAAAACCAGUUCUUGAGACAAGGACCAUGGAUUUUCCCACCGCAGCUACAGCAUUUCGAUCCCCUCUGGCUAGGCAGUUAUUUAGGAUUGAAGGAGUAAAAAGUGUCUUCUUUGGACCAGAUUUUAUUACUGUCACUAAGGAAAAUGAAGAAUUAGACUGGAAUUUACUGAAACCAGAUAUUUAUGCAACAAUCAUGGACUUCUUUGCAUCUGGCUUACCCUUAGUUACUGAGGAAACAUCUUCAGGAGAAGCAGGAUCUGAAGAAGAUGAUGAAGUUGUGGCAAUGAUUAAGGAAUUGUUAGAUACUAGAAUACGGCCGACUGUGCAGGAAGAUGGAGGAGAUGUAAUCUAUAAAGGCUUUGAAGAUGGCAUUGUACAGCUAAAACUCCAAGGUUCUUGUACCAGCUGCCCCAGUUCAAUCAUUACUCUGAAAAAUGGAAUUCAGAACAUGCUGCAGUUUUAUAUUCCAGAGGUAGAAGGUGUAGAACAGGAGGCCUGGCCUUAUGAAGAGAUUAUCAAGGAGGGGAAGAAUGUGUGGAAAUUAGAAGUUUGAAAAAACUCCUUAGGUUAUGGAUGAUGAAUCAGAUGAAAAAGAAGCAAACUCACCUUAAAAUAAUCUGGAUUUUCAUUGGGCACAAAAGUUGGACUUGUUGACAAUGUAUAGCAAGAUUUUAUUAUUAAUAUGCUGAGAAACUUGAGGAUUAAUAAAAUAUGCCCUUUCUUCUGAGAAUGAUA